AUGCCAUGGACUCCACUCCCACGAGAACUGAAGGUGCAUUGUUUGCGACUGCUGCAUGCCAGUGACGUGCUGGCCUGUGGUGGCUCGUGCUGGGUGGACUUUGCCGCCGUAGAUGCUGAGGAGCUGUGGGCGCUCUUGUUCCAUCGUGACUGGCGAUGGCUUUGUGCCGAUGGACCGUGCAGCUGCAGUUCUUCAAGGCAGAGCCACCGAAGACUUUCAGAGAAAGUCGGCAGCUGCCGUGCUGCCUUCGUGGUGCUUGGCGGAUGCGUCCGGAGAGAUGACGGGGGACGACAUGAAGAUGGAGUGGCCACUAGCAUGCACGAGAGUGCCGGGGGUUCUCUUCUGGGUCGUUCGGGCUUCAAGGAGUUUCGGCUUUCGGCUUUAGGGUUUGAGGCUCAAAGGGUUGGGAGGCCCAUGAUGUCAGAGCUCAGAGCAGCCCAAUGA